CUUUAUAUUUUCUAUUUCUGUGGGGUUUUUUCUUUCCUCUGUUAACAGAUUUUUAGCUUUUUUCUUUUUCGCCAAUGCUUGUCCCUAACAAAGUGAGCCUUGGACGCUCCCACAGUUGGGACACGUUAGGGGGGAAUGAGGGUCAGUGGGAAAGAGCUGACAGCGUGUACGAACAGCAGGCAAGAGUAACAGGCCGGCGGAGCUCUUUGUCAUACGGAGAGGGAGGAGGGUGGUAUGAGCCACCACCUGGGGUGCGUCUUCCUGACCUCGAUUUGAAACGCGACCCGUAUUCCUACCAAGAUUCCCUUUACGGACAGGUUUACGCCGAGAGACACGACCCACGGGGGCUUAGGAAGGGCUCUGUGCCGGAUCUAAACCAAUACGAACGAGUGCCCAUGGCUCAUCGAGGAUCCAUUCCACACCAGGACUACUACUCCCAUGACCCAGCCAUGACUCCUCGGCCACCGGAGGCCUUUUACCGAACCGAGCAUCAGCCUCCGCUGUCUCACCCGCAUCCGCUCAGCAGGUCGGGCUCACAUUUAGGAAUGACACCUGGGGCUCGUACUGCGUGGGAUCAAGGUCAGGCAGUGAGGGCAGGACCUCAAGGGCCCUCAUCACCUUUACCUCCUCCCCCUCCUCCAAGCACUCAUGAAUUGAAUAGGGCAUAUAGGGAACCUGGUGCUAUAACUUCUGCUAAGAUACCCCCUCGAGACCCCCCUCCUGCUCACUAUGGAAUGGAGCAGCUGUCUCCUCGGUAUGCCAGUGAGCCUCCACCUCUGACAGGUCAGUCCGUUUAUACUGAUGCUAAUGGCCGCCCUCUGGAUCCGCAGCAGCAGGCUGCCACCUGUCUAGUGGUAGAUCCAGCCAGUCAAAGCAUGAUUAUGAGGCAAGAGACAGCCUCACCGUUAACCAUCCAGCAACAGCAUCAAUUACAGCAUCAGCAACAAAUACAGCAGCAACAGUUACAACAGCAGCAACAAAUACAACAGCAACAGUUACAACAGCAACAACUUCAGCAGCAGCAGUUACAGCAGCAACAACUACAACAGCAACAAAUACAACAACAGCAACUCCAACAGCAACAAUUACAGCAACAGCAAAUUCAGCAACAGCAAUUACAGCAGCAGCAUCUUCAGCAAGAACAGUUGCAGCAACAGCAUCUGCAACAGCAACAACAACCUCUGCCACCUCCGCCUACCAUGCCGGUCACUGAUCCUAACCUUUCUAUGGCUGCACCACUUCCUGCUCCACCUGCUCCAGUGCAAACUGCAGCAAUUGCCCCUGCUGCACCUCCAUCUCUGCAAGCGGUUCCAACUCCAGCCCCUGCUCCCCCAGCUACUCCACUCCCUGCCCCUCUUCCCGCUCCUCCACCAACUGCCCCACAGACGCCUUUGCCUGUGGACCCCAAGAAGUCGGUCGAUCCAGAGUUUCUUUCUCUGUUGCGAAACGAGGGCCUCUCAGAGAGCACCAUCUCCUCACUUAUCCAGCAGGGGUUUGACUCCGCUAGCAUGCUGGCUGUCAUGGAGGAGAACGAUGUCCGCACAGUUGCCCCAAACCUCGGUCAGGCUCGUGUGCUGUCUCGCCUGGUCCACCAUUACAAGCGCCCAAUAGAAGCUACACCAGCCCCCUCCCAACCUCAAACGCCCAUGCGAGGUCGCUCUAAUAGCUUUAGCCAUCGCGCAGACAUCUAUCAACCACACCACCACCAUCAUCAUCCACCACAUACCCCACAACCUUUAGCAGUAGAUCCCCAACUAAUGCCCCCACCAACACCUGGGGCCAUGCAAACUAUCUCUCCACGGAUUGGAGAAGUAAUCGGUAGAAGGCCCAGCAGUGCUCCCUCGCAGCAGUUACUGGAAGCCUCUGGAGGGUACCCGGGCCAACCCCCUCGUUCACCAGGGCCAUACACCGGAGCCCUCAUGCCUGUCCAGUCAAGACCCAUGUCAGCCUACUCUUCUGGGAUGCCAGGGGUGCCUAUGCCGGGUAUGCAGAUAAUGCCACACCAGAUGACUGGGUCAAUGCCUGCCAUUGCAGGGUCUAUUCACUCGAUGCCAGGUAUGCCACAGCAGAUGCCUGUAUCCAUGCCUGCUUUACCACAGCCACCACAACAGGUACCAAAAGCAUACUCUACCAACUACACAGUGCCCAUGGAGCUGAUGAAGAGGGACAGGAACUUAGUGCCAUUGUCACCCAUGCACAGCCCUCACCCUAGUCCUCAGCUGAUCCGAAAGGGUGGGGGACCAGGAUCAGACAAUGCUCUCGUUCCCGUGGGAGCACCCGUUCAAGGCCAAGGUGCCAUGGCUGCUAACCAGAAGCUAAGUCGACGCACGGGUCCACCAGUCAUCAUGUCGACUAUGGCAUCUCCAGAUACAAGUAAAUCCUAUUUUUUUCUCCUGUUAGAUUUAUCUGGUAUUUGUCUGUUUUCAUGAU